AUGUUUCAGACACUGAGAAUGGAAAUGCUAACAACAACAGCGAGUGCCGCUAAUUUGCAGAUAUCACAAGUGAUCAAUGAAUCUUACAAUAUUCACGAGCAACCAUCAGUAAAACUAUCCAAAGAUUUAAUAUCGUCAUAUUAUACUGUAAUCAAGAACAUAAAAAUUUUGGCAACCACAAAUAGAAUCGAUAGUAAACAAGAAGAAGACCACUCUGCGUUAAUGUUCAAUAAUGAGUGGCAAAAAUUGGAUAUGUUAGAACUUCAACAUGAUCAUAACAGUUUGAAGCAAAAGCAUGAUGUAUUGAACCAACAACUGACAGACGUAAAGGCACACCUUGAACGUACUCAGGCAGAGCGAGAUCAGCUCAGAAAUCAAAAUAUUAAUUUAACUAGAGAAAAUGAUCAAAUAAAAAAUGGAAUCACUGAUAUAUCGAAUAAUAAUCAGCAGUUAUCAUUUAAUACCGUCGUCAUUAAUAAUAAUAUAAAAAAUCCACCAACAACGUGCCGUAAUCUGACUGUAAUCGACGAAGUUUCACGUCUGACCCCGCGCACUAUAAGUAGUGAUCAAGCAAAAGCGUUUAUCGGUGAAAUUAAUCGUCGGAGAACUGCACUGAUAGCUGAUGAUCUUAGGAGAUCCAUUUGUGGAUCAUUGAAGCAUCUGGGCUCUGACCUCUAUAGUUCGUCAGCGCACUUUUUACACGAAUUAAUUCAGAAUGCCGAAGAUAAUGACUACGAUCAUUCAGUUAUCCCUAAACUACGAAUUGAGCUGAGUAAGGCAUAUAUAUUGUUGUCAAAUAAUGAAAAGGGUCUACGAGCAAACGAUGUAAUGGCUCUGUGCAGUCUUGCUGUUAGCACUAAACAAAUUGGAAAACAUAUUGGACAAAAAGGUCUUGGUUUUAAAUCAGUAUAUUUAGCUACGAAUAAACCAGCGAUUAUCUCUCAACCAUGGCAGUUUUACUUUCAAGUACCAGAUGCUGAUGAAAUGUCUUAUAUUACUCCAUGGUGGCUGGAUUCACCGCUGUCAGAGAAUGUUCAGAUGAUAAUUUCGUCUUGUCCAUUAGAUACUCAUAUAUAUUUACCAUUGAAAUUUCAACACAACACAUCCGCUUUAAACAACUUUUUAAUCGAUAUUUCUCGAGCAAUUGAUCCGUAUAUUUUAUUAAAUAUAAACAAAUUGAUGCACUUAGAAAUCAAAGAUAAUACGAAAAAGCAAUCAAGAUUUAUCGAAAAACGAGUACAAAAUGCUGAUGAAACAGUACUUAAACGAACUAAAGCAACAUUUGAAAAUUUUGGAUUUUACAAUUUAAAUUGUUCUGUUGUCGAAUUGCAUACACAUUCAACCACAACAAAAAUAAAAAAAUGUGUAAAAUUUCGUGUAUAUACAUGUGAAAUUGAAAUACCAUCAUCAAUUCAAGAGAACGAUAAACAAACAACAUUGACAUUAUCAUUCCCAUUCGUUGACAAUAACGAAGAAUUAACUACACGAAGAAAAAAAAACCGUGAAACUCAUGACGGUUUUUAUACACGGUUUCUCGCAGUCAGUUUGGCACGGUUUUUUUUCUCGAUUUUAGUUGUUCAUGCUUUUGUUUCCUAUGGUUCCAAUAUGACAGUUUUGCUUUGACGGUUUUAAAACUUUUAGAAAAACCGUCCAGGUAAAACUAUGCAAGUAAAACCGUCUACUUUGAAAGGGAAGAAAAAAAGAACAGCU